CACCAACAAAACCAAAAAACCUCAUUGUCCUCUCUUUCUCUUGCUAACUCAACUUCUCUCUCACUUUCCAACAAAACCUCCAUUUUAUCUCUGCUAAUUUUUUAAAAUUUACCAUUUUUUGUUCUUCCUCACAAUCAAAUCAAAUCGAUUUCACAUGAUUCCGCCGCCCUCCAUUUAUCAACGUAGAUUGACCAAAAUCGAUGGAGUUCUCCUUAUUCCCCCUCUUCUCAAGAUCUUCUUUCAACUUGGUGCCUAAGGAUAAAGGCGCCGACUUCAUUGUUGCCAAGGACGGCACAGGUCACUUCACCACUGUGAACGGAGCAGUUGCAGCUGCUCCGGAGAACAGUAUGAAGCGAUUUGUAAUAUAUGUCAAAAGAAGAGUGUACAGAGAAGUGGUUCGGGUCGGGGUUAAGAAAUCCAAUAUAACUAUAAUUGGCGACGGACAAGACUUGACAAUUCUCACCGGAAAUUUGAACAGCGACGACACCAAGAGUUUUGACACGGCGACACUUGGUGUCGACGGAUUUGGGUUUAUAGCACAAGAUUUGUGCAUUCAAAAUACCGCUGGGCCACAAAAAGGGCCGGCAGUGGCUCUCCGCAUAAGCGCUGAAAGAGUAGUCGUAUAUCGCUGCAAGAUUGAUGCAUUCCAAGAUUCUCUGUAUGCUUAUUCAGGUAGACAAUUUUAUCGGGAAUGUCAUAUUACAGGAACAGUGGAUUUUAUCUGCGGACACGCAACGGCUGUCUUUCAAUACUGCCAAAUUGAGGCACGUAAACCGGCUAAACAACAAAACAAUGUUCUGACCGCACAAUCUCGCGAGAAAAAGUCUGAUUAGUCAGGGUUUUCGUUCCAGAGAUGCAACAUAACCGCAGGUUCCGAUCUUAGACUAACCAAUGGAACUGUAAAGAUGUAUUUGGGACGUCCAUGGCGGGCAUUUUCUAGAGUUGUAUUCAUGGAGUGUCUUUUGGACAAAAUCAUUGAUCCAGCUGGCUGGCUGCCAUGGGACGUAAAGGAUUUGGUAACACUGACAACUCUGUAUUAUGGUGAAUACAGAAACACAGGCCCGGGAGCAGAUACAAGCAAAAGAGUCAACUGGAAAGGUUAUAAAAGAAUUAUUGAUAUGAGUGAAGCUGCAAGUUUUACGGUCGAAAAACUUAUUCAGGGAAAUUUAUGGAUCAACUCUACUGGAGUUCCAUACGAGUUAGGUCUAUGAUUAU